GAUAUUACAAUAUGUUACAUUAUAUUAUAUUACAUUACAUUAUCGUCUGUCAGGUUGUGGGCAGUAUGGACGCUCACCCCAGCAGAUACUGCGCUACAGUGCGAGUCCAGCGACCCAGACAGGAGAUUAUUGAAGAUCUCUCAUACAUGGUGCGAGAGCUCCUCAUCCAAUUCUACAAGUCCACCCGCUUCAAACCCACCAGAAUCAUCUUCUACCGGGACGGCGUUCCAGAGGGACAGUUACCGCAAAUCCUGCACUACGAGCUGUUGGCCAUCAGAGACGCCUGCAUCAAGCUGGAGAAAGACUACCAGCCGGGAAUCACGUACAUAGUGGUGCAGAAACGCCACCACACACGCCUCUUCUGCGCCGAUAAAUCUGAACGAAUCGGGAAGAGUGGGAACAUCCCAGCAGGAACCACGGUUGACACCAGCAUCACGCAUCCGUUCGAGUUUGAUUUCUACCUGUGCAGUCAUGCAGGGAUUCAGGGCACCAGCCGGCCGUCACACUACUACGUCCUGUGGGACGACAACCGCUUCACGGCUGAUGAGCUGCAGAUCCUCACGUACCAGCUGUGCCACACGUAUGUGCGCUGUACCCGCUCCGUGUCCAUCCCGGCGCCUGCGUACUACGCCCGGCUCGUGGCUUUCCGAGCACGCUACCAUCUGGUGGAUAAGGAGCAUGACAGCGGGGAGGGCAGCCACGUCUCCGGGCAGAGCAACGGUCGUGACCCCCAGGCGCUGGCCAAAGCUGUGCAGAUUCACCACGACACCCUGAGGACCAUGUACUUUGCCUAAGCCAAGCCUCACCUCAUCAGGGGCUUCGGACCGACACACACUCCCUCGAGCCAGUUCACCUGGUGCUACCAGUGCGCACAGAACAUGAAGUCUCACUCGUCGCGUUUUGUUGAGUCUGGCUGAACUAUGCUCUUUUUUUAAUUUAAUUGUGUAUUGUUAUAUACUACCUUCGCACUCCCACAUGUACGUAUGUAUGCAAUACGGAGGGAAGGAACGCAGACGAACCUGUCGUUUUGUACGUCACCACGAAGCUGCCUCUAAACCCGUCCGUCUGGGCUUCAAACGCCCGAAGUGGAGGAAUUGUUGUUACUUCCAUUGGCAUUAUUUUUAUUGUUGUGAGAUUUUCUUUUAAAAUGUUUAUUUUUGUGAAAGACAUGGUACAUUAGCACUUAGUUUUAGUCGUAAAGCACCGCGAGCCCAGCGUUUACGUGUUGUCUGUGAAGCAGCGCAGGCAGUGAUCAACUGUGUCUCUCCAGCGGUCGCAGCGGUGUCCGCUUAUCGGAUUUAGACUCGCCUCGGUAGUUUAGGAGUGGCCGAAUUAGCAUAACGAUAGAUGGACUCACAUCAGCAUAACACCCAAACCAGCAUUAUGCACCAGCCAAACAUGAUGCCAACCGUUCAAAAGAGCCCUCGUCUGUACCAUUUACUUGAUGCUCUUCUGGAAGGGUUUGAUUUUUACCAUUUGACUUUUCCAGUGCACAUACAUCUUCUUGAACUUACAGGAAUAGUUCACCCUACAAAGACGAUUUCUUUCAUCAUUUACUCACCCUCGUGUCAUUGCAAACCCUGGAUUAUUUCCUUUCUUCCAUGAAACACAAUGUGCUCUGUUUAAUACAACACUAGUAGAGGGUGAUUUAUACUGUAGUGUAAAGGAUAAAAAGCACCAUUCAAGUAUUAUAAAACUAGUCUGCGUGCUAUAGUCCAAG